CUCGGGGCCGCUGAAAAACCCAUGGCCCGCCGCGUUUUGUUGCUGCGCCAUGGCGAGCGCGCGGAUGGGCCGAAUCUGCCCUUUGCAGGUAUUGUUGGUGAGGCCCCGCUCACUGCUACAGGAUGUGUGCAGGCGCAGCUUACCGCAGCUCACCUGGAGAAAGCAUUGGAAGAGAACUCCAGGCCCUUGGUGGUGACCUCUCCAUCACUUCGCUGUGUGCAGACCGCCAAAAUCGUGGCGAAUCGGCUGCAGGCGGAUCUCUAUGCAGAGCCUGGCUUGGCGGACUGGCCGAGCGCUGCAACCAAGGUUCAUGUGGAUUUGCCGACCGUCGCCUCUGCGCCCAUUUGGGACCAGCCCGUGUUGGAGGAGACAUGGGAGAUGGCCAUUGAGCGCUACCAGAUCACCUGUGAAGGGCUGGCCCGUUGCGACUUGGCCCUGGACCGGUGCCUGGUGCUCUGCAGUCACCAGGCGAUGCUGGAAGCUUUGCAGCCCAGCGGAUGGACCAGCGGGCACUGUGCGCUCCUGGACUUUUGGCCCAGUUCCAGCUCCAUCAGCUUGCAGCGCUUGCAGCAGGACUGCUCUGCCUGGCGUGACCGUUUCGUCUUCCUGGCCACGGUUUGCAGUGCCCAGAACCCGCGGCAGAUGUUCCUCAGCCCAGUGAUCCCGGAGGUGAGGACGAGGUUAUGCCCGGCUCCUGGCGAAGACCUUGAUCUCGGGAGCAUUGGGAGCAUUGUGGCACUGGACCUAGAGGAGGCGCCGCUAAUGCUGGUGCGUUCCAGACGGGAACGGCAUCUUCUCCUCUUCCUGCACGAUGCGCAAGGUCAAUUGCUUCACUUGGCCUCGGGCUUGGUGCUGUCGUUCCAUGAGCGGCUGAUGCUGGGCCAUCGCCAAAACAGCGGUGUUCUACGCUGGCGCCUGGAUGGGGGCAAGCUUCUGACGGAGGAAGGGCAUCAUAUGGUGCAGACGGCCGACAAAACACUGCAUUUGCACUGCGAAAGUGGGAAGACUCUUGCGGAGCAGGAAUUGAACUUUGAACUGGUGCCGCUGAGCGCGAACGAGAAAACGGGUCGAAUGGUGCGCGGCAGCGAGUCGUCUUGGUGGUUGCUGACAUUCCCAGACUGGGGAAGAUGCUUAAGCUGCGAAGAGGCAUCACGACAACCUUGCAGGAAAAUUCAUGUUGGAAAAAAUGGCUCCAGUCCCAAGAGGGGUUUUACUUGCGCACAUGAGCCGGCAGAGGUUGGGAAGUGGAACACAAUGACUGAACUUACAAAGAGAAGACUUACCAGUUUCCUUCACUUUAGGCCACGGUUUGCUGGCAGAAUGAGUCGAAAAUCCCCUUUGCUUUCACGAAAUUCUAUUGACCUGCAGAGUUCUGGUCAAACUUUAUUUUUGGGACACCUCAAAAACCUAGACCCAGAGUAA